CAAUAAAGGCUCAAAACAUGCUAGGGAUCCUGAAAGUGCUGCAUAUUAGUGCCAAAAUGGCAGUUCUCAAAAUAGCCCUUUUAAUAUGCACUCUCUUAUACUCAGGACUCCCAGCAUUCAGUGGACAACAGGUCAUGCAAGAAAGCAGAAUGAGUUUAGAUGAGUAUACUAAAACUGAAGGGGCUUGGAUAUUAUCCAUUAUUAAGAGACAGUACACAACUAACACAGCCAUUGAAUGUGCACAGAAAUGUGAAACUGAAUCCUCAUUUACUUGCAGGUCUUUUUGCUUUACUCAGAAAGACCAAAUCUGCAUAACGCUACCAGGAAAUGGAAAAACAGACACAGUGCUGCGAAGGAUGGACACAGUUUUGUAUGAAAAGAAAAAGUACUUGGUGGAGUGUAAGACUGGCAAUGGUGAAAGCUACAGAGGAACACAAUCUACAACAGUAUCAGGAAAGAAAUGCCAAAGAUGGGCAUCUACCUACCCACACAACCCUAAUGUCAAUCCAACCACACACCCAAAUGCUGAUCUGGAGUCAAACUUCUGUAGAAACCCUGAUGGAGAUUCUAAGGGUCCCUGGUGCUACACCACCGAUCUUGGUGUCAGAUGGGAACACUGUUCUAUCCAGGACUGUGAUGAGGAAUGUAUGCACUGCAGUGGGGAGGAUUACGAAGGAAAAACAUCCAUCACAGAGAGUGGCUAUGAGUGUCAGCGCUGGGAUUCACAAAAACCUAAUAGCCAUGGAUACCUUCCUCAAAUGCUUCCUGAUAAACACUUGGAUGAAAACUACUGCAGGAAUCCAGAUGGAGAGCCCAGACCUUGGUGCUUCACUACAAAUCCAGCCAAACGCUGGGAUUUCUGCUCUAUCCCACGCUGCAGCACCAAGCCUCCUUCAAUCACUCCGGAGCUCACCUGUGCCUCCGGUGAUGGUAGUGCUUACCGUGGAACCAUUGGUGUGACUGAGUCUGGAAAGGCAUGCCAGUCUUGGAGCUCUCAGCACCCACACAAGCAUUCCAGAACUCCAGAAAACUACCCUUGCAAGGGCCUUGAGUUAAACUACUGCAGAAAUCCUGACAGUGAGAGGAUGCCUUGGUGCUACACUACUGACCCCAAUACUCGAUGGGAAUACUGUAAAGUGCCAACUUGUGGUGAUGAGCCAAGCAUAAAUGAGCCUAUCAUCCCUCCUGCUAUUGACUGCUAUGAGGGAAAUGGGACCAGUUACCGAGGAGUCAUCUCAGAGACAGUUAGCGGGAGGAAGUGCCAAGCCUGGAGUUCCAUGGUUCCUCACAGUCAUAAGAAGACUCCUCAAAGCUUCCCAAAAGCCGAUCUGAAGAGAAAUUUCUGCAGGAACCCCGAUGGUGAUCGUGCACCAUGGUGCUAUACCACAGACCCCUCAGUGCGCUGGGAGUAUUGCCGAGUGGAGAAGUGUGUGGUGCAGGCCAGUUCUGAUGCUGUCACAUCAGCAGUCAAACCUCAAACCCCACCAGAACAAGAUGAAGUGAAAGAUUGCAUGAUUGGCAAUGGACAGGAUUAUAGAGGCCCAACAUCAAUCACUGCACUUGGAGUAACUUGCCAAGAAUGGAGCUCCAACACUCCCCAUCAGCAUGCCAGCUUCACACCCCAGACCCACCCUGAUAAAGGUCUGGAGUCAAAUAAAUGCAGAAAUCCUGAUGGUGAUGUGAAUGGACCUUGGUGCUACACUACAGAUCCUGCCAAAAAAUGGGACUAUUGUCAAAUUCCACUUUGUGAAAACCUGGAGUGUGGAAAACCUGCUAUAACACCCAAGAGGUGCUUUGGAAGAAUUGUUGGAGGCUGUGUGUCCAAACCUUACUCAUGGCCCUGGCAAAUUAGUCUUCGGACAAACUUUGGCUUACACUUCUGUGGAGGAACAUUGAUAAGGCCACAAUGGGUUCUGACAGCAGCUCAUUGUCUUGAGAGAUCAAAGAAACCCGCUGCUUACAAAGUAUAUCUAGGAAUCUACAGAGAACUAGCAACAGAAUUGUCAAAGCAAGAAAUAGAUGUGGAAAAACUCAUCUUAGGACCGCCUGGAAUUGAUAUUGCAUUGCUCAAACUAACCAGACCUGCUACAAUAAAUGAUAAAGUUCUGCCUGCUUGUUUGCCAGAGAAAGAUUACAUAGCCCCAAGUGGGACUGAAUGUUAUGUGACUGGAUGGGGUGAGACAAAAGGUACUGGAGGAGAAGGGUUGCUUAAAGAAACUGGUUUCCCAGUCAUUGAAAACAAAGUGUGCAAUCGUCCUGCAUAUCUAGGUGGAAGGGUGCAGGACCAUGAAAUGUGUGCUGGAAAUAUAGAAGGGGGUUCAGACAGCUGCCAGGGUGACAGUGGAGGUCCCUUGGUCUGCUAUUCGCAGAACACUUUUAUCCUUCAGGGAGUCACAUCUUGGGGACUGGGCUGUGCAAAUGCAAUGAAACCUGGAGUCUAUGUUAGAGUCUCAAAGUUUGUCGACUGGGUUGAGGAACAAAUUGCAAAUAAUCCUUGAUUGUAAAUAGGUUCCUAGAAAAUUCUCAAAAACAACGUAACCUGUAAAUCAGUCAUAUAUGUGGAACCUAAAAGCACAUUUUAAGUAAGUUGACCAGUACUCAUGUAAAUUAGACAAUAAAAAAAAUCAAAUAUUA